AUGGACGAAGAAACCCUCCGAGCCGGUUUCUACGCGGAAAUCAGCGCAUUGGAAGACAGGAUCCUCGAGUUAAAGAGCCAGAUUAAUGAGCUGGCAAAGGUCUCCAGACUCCCGGACGAACUCCUUUGCGUCGUGUUCGCACUCUAUAAAGAAAAAGAAUUCAGCCUCAGGGGCUACUUCUUCUCCGACCGCCCCGACUAUAGCCUACCCUCACGCCGAGAUCUGCUUUCGUGGACUAAAAUCACCCGUGUUUGUCGUCGGUGGAGAGCGGCUGCUAUCGACUGCCCCUCUCUCUGGGGUGAUCUGGCCCAGACCAUGAGACUUCCGUGGCUCAACAGAGCGAUCUCGAGGGCAAAGGAGGCGCCUCUUUCUAUCAGAUUCUUGUGCACGAGAAUUCCUAUGUCGCAAGAAGAGCAGGUUCUCGUCCCCAUCCUAUCAAGAGUUGGGCAACUACGAAGGGUUUGCCUGGAGGGAAUACCGACCGUCCUCGAAGAUAUCCUCAAAUCUUGGACCCAGUCUGCACCGCAUCUGGAAGAAUUGUCGAUUUUUCCAAAGCCGGCGCGUGCACUGAUCAGCCUUCCUAGCCCUUUUAUCAACUCUUGCGCCCCUAAACUGAAGCAUCUCUCCCUUUGGAACUGCCUCUUACCCGCAAACGCAUCCUCGUUGCAAGCCUUAACACGACUAGCGAUUACCAUGAACACGGCCGACGCAGGUCUACAAUUGGACCUCCUGCUCGAUGCCCUGUCAAGUUCUCCAUCGAUCACAACAUUGUCGCUUUCAGUAUCUCGCUUGGAAUCCUCCUCCCCAACGGUACUCCAUCGAUCGCCUAUUCCUCUCCGACAGCUCAAAUCGCUGGAGCUGAAAAGCACAUGUCAAGGAUGUGCGGAUCUAUUAGGUCGUCUCCACCUCCCUUCCACAGUAUCCUUCCAUGUGGAUGGCUAUGGUACGACCAGCUCCGCCUUGAAGAAUCUCCGUACAGCUCUCAUCACGUCGUGGGUUUCUGCACCCCUUGUAGAGCGACCACCUCCAAAACUCUGCAUCAAGGACCUCAUUAUCGAUUCGUAUUCGGGUGGGAACUUGCUGUGUAAAGGUUGUGUUGGCGCUAGACGCGAUGAGGGAGGACAUCCAUUCUCCUUCCUCUUUGCAGUCGGAGGCAACGAUAGGAUAGCCCCCCUCCUUCGCAGUAUCGCAGAGCUGUUACCAUUGUCCUACGCCCAAAGUCUGCAGCUGAACGAUUCUUGGCUGCGGCACGAAGACUACGUAUCCCUUCUAUCAGUCGGGUUCCCGGAGGUCAGAAGCCUCGAUAUUGAGCAUGGGAGUGCUGAAUAUGUCCUGGCCUACCUUAGAAGUGACCCGGCCCUGCAAUCAGCAUCCGAGUCCACCGUCCAAAGUCGACCAUCGCUGGUGUACUUUCCAAAUCUGACAUCCCUCACCAUCACAUGUGCCUACAUGAUUCAGGAACGACGCUCUAUGGACGGACUAUGCGUUUCCCUCCGCCAGCUCAUGAAGCUACUUGGAUUACGAUCGCGCUUGGGAUAUCGGCUAAAGGAACUCCAUUUCUAUGGGUGCUAUUAUAUCAGCAAGAGCGGGUCGCAAAGGUUCGAAGAGGUAGUAGACGAAGUGAAUUGGACAGAGAGGGAAAGGUGGGAUGACCGUGACGAUUAUCCAGAUGAAGAGCAGGGUUCAGACGACGAUUGGUGGAUGUGGGAAGAUUCGGAUGCUUCGGAUUGA